AUGUCGCUACCCCGCGGUGUCGAUCUCGGCGUCGACGUGGGCCAACUGAUGCAGCACCAGCAGCAGCAGCAACAUCACGUGCUGCCGGCCGCGUUUUUUCUGCGCGCCAACGAAAGAUACCAACGUACCCCCAAGUGCGCACGAUGCCGUAAUCAUGGAGUCGUGUCCGCGCUCAAAGGGCACAAACGCUAUUGCCGGUGGCGGGAUUGCGUGUGUGCUAAGUGCACCCUCAUCGCCGAGAGGCAACGCGUUAUGGCUGCUCAGGUCGCGCUGAGACGGCAACAGGCCCAGGAGGAGAGCGAGGCGCGCGAAUUGGGCCUGCAAUUGCAAUAUAACGCCGGCAGUUGCACCACCGCUCCGGUUCUGCCGACAACCGCCGGUACGACACCAGCCGGUAGUCCGCCCCCGCAUCCGGCGCACGUAGCGAGUCCGGCGGGUCUCGCGAUACCCGCGGCGGCCGCGGCAGCCGCCGCCGCCGCUGCCGCACACAUCCAGACGCAGCUUCAACAGCAACAACCCGCGGAAUGUGGUCUAUUGCCGCGAAAAAGGUCUACCCAGGACGAGUAUCGGCAGCCGAAGAUCGAGAAGAGCGACGCCGCGGUCGUCGCCGGAUCGAAGCGAUCUAGACUGUCUGAGAACACGACGGCGACGAUCCUGUCGACCAGCGAUACCGCCAACGAGGAGGAUCGCGAUUCCGAUUCCGGUGGCGAGUUGCGAGAUCGCUCGUUGGUGGUGUCGACGUCGUCGGGGAUACCGGAAUCCGAGACGACGACAACGAGAAAGCGCACCAGCAGUCUGAACGACUCCGAGGAGGGUAGUCCCGAGCCGGGCUCGCAGAGUCCGACGCACACGCCACCGCUGACGCCGGCCUUGACACCGCAGCGAGAGGACACUCCGGCGCCGGAGAACCUCAGCCUGCGCAAAAGCGGCAGUCCCCCGCAGACGCAGCAGACCCUGCAACCGGUGGAUCUGGUACAGCCUAGACCUAGUCCCCCGCUACCCCCGCUAGCUGCGACCGCGGUGCACUUUCCUCCCUACGCGCCGCUUUACGGACCGACGGCGACCUCGCUGGCGUAUUGCUCGCCGGCGUUGUAUCAGCAUCACCAUCACAUCCCCGAACAGCGGGAGAUUCAGAUGCAGAUGCAGAUGCAAAACAUUCAGCAGACUUGCGGGUUGCAGCUUCAACAGCAGCAACAGCAGCAGCAACAACAACAGCAACAGCAGCAGCAACGCUCGGUGGAUCUUCUGCUGCGCGUGUUUCCCGGAAGACGCCGCGCCGACGUCGAAGCGCUUUUGCAUCGUUACAAAGGCGACGUGGUGUCCGCCAUCGAGGUGCUGGUCUGCGAGGAGAGUCUGCAACGCAAGUCGGCGUUUUCGCCGCUGGCGGGCGCCCUGGCGUCGGCCGCCGCGGCGUCCGCCGCGUCGGUCUCGGCCGCGGCUUACGCGAGUCGCGCCGCGUACUGCACCACGCCAAUACCGUCGACGCGGCAUCGUUUCCUGGCCGCGCCGUACACCGGCACCGGUUACCUGCCCACCGUGAUCAAACCGCCCAACCAGAGCCUGCACGCCAACGGAACCGGCGACGCUUACCGGGAGACCAGUCCCGACGACGCCAGCGACAAGACCAGCUAUUCCGAGUGA